GUCGGAUCGGAAGUUACGACAUUUUUAUCGGAAGCAACGACGGGAGCUCGCUGGCCGUAAAGGUGGAUGACUUGAUUUGCAAGCCGCGAUGACAUGAACUUCAUUGAUUCUUCCAUCUGCUUGGAGAAUUGCAUGCUGGCAUCUUCCUCUGUUUAUAGGAGGCAGCUUUUUCUGAUAAGAUCUUUGGGUGGUUACUGCUGUAGGGUUCACAUGGAAGGAGGAGGACGAGCAAUAAGUUCAAGCCUUUCUACUUUAGGAGCUGAUGCUGAGGGUGUCAUGCGAAAAAUUACACCUAAAUUGGAUCCUAGUCUUUAUAAGGGCCAAGCUGGAAAGGUAGCAGUUAUUGGUGGGUGUCGUGAAUAUACAGGGGCUCCUUAUUUUGCUGCCAUAUCAGCCCUCAAAAUUGGUGCGGAUUUGUCACAUGUUUUCUGCACUAAAGAUGCUGCGGCAGUUAUAAAAUCUUAUAGUCCUGAGUUGAUUGUUCAUCCUAUUCUUGAAGAAUCAUACAGCGUGAGAGAUGAUGAGAAAGCAACGGUUUCUGCCAAGGUACUAGGUGAAGUUAAGAAGUGGAUGGAAAGGUUUGACUGCAUUGUUGUCGGUCCUGGUCUUGGAAGGGAUCCAUUUCUUCUGAAUUGCGUAGGUGAUAUCAUUAGGCAAGCUCGUGAUGCCAAAAUUCCCACCGUUAUUGAUGGGGAUGGUCUUUUUCUAGUAACGAACAAGCUUGAUCUAGUAAAGGGAAAUUCGUUGGCUAUCUUAACACCGAAUGUCAAUGAGUAUAAACGCUUAGUUGAAAAGGUCCUACAAUGUCAAGUAAAUGAUGAAGAUGCUUAUGAGCAACUGUCAUCCCUUGCUAGAAGCAUUGGAGGAGUAACCAUCUUAAGAAAAGGAAAAACAGACCUUAUUAGUGAUGGCUUAACUGUUAAUGAGGUGAGCAUUUUUGGAUCCCCUAGGCGUUGUGGUGGACAAGGCGAUAUUCUUUCGGGGAGUGUUGCAGUAUUCUCGUCUUGGGCACGCCACCAUCUUUCAACUAAAAAUAAUGAAAGCAGCAUGCAAAGUUCAUUGAAUCCAAUGGUUCUUGGGAGCAUAGCAGGCUCUGCGCUACUUAGAAAAGCAGCUUCACUUGCUUUUGAGAACAAGAAAAGAUCAACCCUUACUACUGAUAUCAUUGAAUGUCUGGGUAAAAGCUUGGAGGAUAUAUGCCCUGCAUUUUGAUCCAGUUAUAGCAUGUCAAAAGCUAAAAUGGUUGCAGCUGUAUGUACCUAAUGGCUCUGCUUCAAUUUUUUGGAAAAUUUAUUAUGUGAGGUGUUCAUAUGCAUGUUCUGAGGUCAAUCCAAACGCGUCAUGUCACCCAAUGCACAAUGAAUUGAAUGAUGUGGUCCGUCCGAAUUGACCGGAGUUCGGACACUACACAGAAUAAUCUCUCCAUUUUUUAUAUGUUUGGUUAAAAUGUUAAUGAUGUUGGUGUGUUGUAUGUUGUAAUGAACUAAUAAUUGAAGAUAAUUGAAUGAUGAUUUUCUAUGUUGUUUUGUU